GGCCCCGGGGCGGAGCGCGGGCGGUUCCCGCAGCCCCGGAGCGGUGCAGCCGUGGCGGCGGGUCCCAAUGGCCCUUCCGACGGAGGCGGCCCGGCUGGACGGGGGCUGGCAGGAGCUCUACUCGGCUCUCCAGUGGAUCCAGUUCACCAUGGCCAUGCUCAGUGUUACAGGUUCCAGCUCCAUCAUUGCCUACGCCGUCUUCCAGAACGCCGUGCGCUCCCCCGAGAUUCGUCCACUUUUCUACUUGAGCCUCUCUGACCUGUUCCUGGGCAUGUGCUGGCUCACUGGGGCACUUCUGUACAGCACACCCACCUCCAAGCAGGAUCUCAUCUGCUAUAACCUGCAAGCAACAGGACAAAUAUUCUACGUGGCCUCUUUUCUGUACACUGUCAACUACACCUGGCACCUGUACAUGGACCUAAAGGUGAAAUACAAUCAGAACCUUUUCAGGGUGCCCCUUCAGGUUGUGGAUUACGCCAGUUGUGCCGGCAGAGCAGCCACCAUCCUGUCCAGCCUCAUCCCUUUCCUCCUCAUGGUGCCUGUGUUUUGCCUGGGCAACAGCAGUAACUGCUACCAGAACUUCAGCCAGAAGCAUGGAUGUCUCCUGAUGCACACAGAGGUGGCCGUGCCCACCAAGGAGCCCCAGACCCUGAGCAGCUCCGUUUGCCGUGUGAUGCAUUUCUAUGGCAUUGGGGUCUUCCUCAUUUCCUUCCUCAUCAGCUUUGUGGCCAUUCUGGUUAUACUCAGCCAAGCCCGAGGUCUGUACAAGAGGUUUGUCAACUCCACAGGGUUCCUGGGGGAUCAGCAGUGGGCCAUGAUUAAGAUGGUGGAACAACGGGUGGUUUUUUACCCCGUCGCAUUCUUCUGCUGCUGGGCCCCAGCUGUCCUCCUUGGGAUCCUCAAACUGACAGUUUCAACAGACUCCAGGAUCUACAUGGCUCUUCUCAUUCUACAGGCUCUGACAGCAGCUUCCCAGGGGCUUCUGAACUGCAUCGUGUACGGCUGGACUCAGCACAUCUUCCUGUCCCUCAAACGCAACGCCUGCCGCGACGUCGACACCCAGACUCCUCUCCUGCGCUCCCAGAAGAAGUUCUACUCCAGCACAGUCCCCUCAGAGGGCUCCACAUCCACCCUGCUCUGAGGAACCCCUGCCUCGAAGGACAACAGGCAACAUCCUCCUCGUGUGUUAGCAACGGCAGCCAGGCCCUGGCCCUGGCGGCAGCAGAGGCCGCGGGAGCGCCCGAGGAGCCUGGGCAGCUCUGUCACAGACAGACACCACUGGAGAGAGUUAUUUAUUCAACAGGUUCGUGUGGACUGUAAGUGGAUUCUUUAAACACUGGUAAAUCUUUAGCACAGACCUUCUCCUGGUGGAAAUCCCUCUAGAAAUGCAGCACGUUGUACGGCACAGCUGGGAGCCGCAGCACAGCUCCUUUGAGGGCAGGUGCUCAAAGGGUGUUUGACUGAAGUGUUUGCCAUUACAAAUUAACAGUAAAGCAAAGGGUGAAUCUU